CGCACCGGCCGGCUGAUCAAAUCUGCGAGUAGUGAAGUGCGAGAGACGCGUGCAUAGUGUAUAAGUUAUUAAUUUAUUAAAUUGUUAAAUAUUAAACAUGAGGGAAAUCGUUCAUAUCCAGGCCGGCCAGUGCGGUAACCAGAUUGGAGCUAAGUUUUGGGAAAUCAUCUCCGACGAGCACGGCAUCGACCCCACCGGCGCCUACCAUGGCGACUCAGACCUGCAGCUGGAGCGCAUCAACGUCUACUACAAUGAGGCCUCCGGCGGCAAGUACGUGCCCCGCGCCAUCCUGGUGGACCUGGAGCCCGGCACCAUGGACUCUGUCCGCUCCGGACCUUUCGGACAGAUCUUCCGUCCGGACAACUUCGUGUUCGGACAGUCCGGCGCCGGCAACAACUGGGCCAAGGGGCACUACACCGAGGGCGCCGAGCUCGUAGACUCAGUUCUUGACGUAGUCCGCAAAGAAUCUGAAUCCUGCGAUUGCCUGCAGGGCUUCCAACUCACACACUCCCUUGGUGGUGGAACUGGAUCUGGAAUGGGAACUCUACUUAUUUCAAAGAUCCGCGAAGAAUACCCCGACAGAAUAAUGAACACAUACUCAGUCGUACCCUCGCCCAAAGUAUCAGACACAGUCGUCGAACCUUACAACGCCACUCUCUCAGUCCACCAACUCGUAGAAAACACAGACGAGACAUACUGCAUCGACAACGAGGCCCUUUACGACAUCUGCUUCCGCACGCUCAAACUGUCCACUCCCACAUACGGUGAUCUCAACCACUUGGUCUCACUCACAAUGUCCGGUGUCACAACUUGUCUCAGAUUCCCUGGUCAAUUGAACGCUGAUCUCCGUAAAUUGGCCGUUAACAUGGUUCCCUUCCCACGUCUUCACUUCUUCAUGCCUGGAUUCGCUCCUCUAACCUCUCGUGGCAGCAGACAAUACAGAGCCCUGACCGUGCCCGAGCUCACCCAGCAGAUGUUCGACGCCAAGAACAUGAUGGCGGCUUGCGACCCGCGCCACGGCCGCUACCUCACCGUGGCCGCCAUCUUCCGCGGACGCAUGUCCAUGAAGGAGGUCGACGAGCAGAUGCUCAACAUCCAGAACAAGAACUCGUCAUACUUCGUCGAAUGGAUCCCGAACAACGUGAAGACCGCCGUGUGUGACAUUCCCCCCCGUGGCCUCAAGAUGGCCGCCACCUUCAUCGGCAACUCCACCGCCAUCCAGGAGCUGUUCAAGCGCAUCUCGGAGCAGUUCACCGCUAUGUUCAGGCGCAAGGCUUUCUUGCAUUGGUACACGGGCGAGGGCAUGGACGAGAUGGAGUUCACGGAGGCGGAGAGCAACAUGAACGACCUGGUGUCGGAGUACCAGCAGUACCAGGAGGCCACGGCCGACGAGGACGCCGAGUUCGACGAGGAACACGAGCACGAGCUGGAGGACCACUAGACCGGCGCCUGGAGGAGCGCGCGCGUAGCAAAAAACUACCUACAUGCCAUUAUAUCUCGCGUUACUUUCUUUUUGAGUAACAAUAAUUAAUGAUUCCUAUUGAAAUGAAUAGAUCUGCUUUCUAACUUUUAACAGAACGCAAGACUUUUAACAAAUAUCACUUGUUUCAAAUAUGAGUCGAGAAUAAUAAAAUAUGUAUGUAUUUGCAUUUAAUAAUACAUUCCUAUUGAUUCCAAUGGCCUCGUUAGGAGAAAGAUCUGAAUUGAUAAAGGCUGAUCUACCUGUUGAAGACAAAGAUAUAAAAACACUUUUAUAAUAUUGUGGCACUAGCCAAAGUGUAAAACGGCUUCAAAUAACCGAAGAUUAUAUGAAAAAUAUAUUUGAAAAGUAUAAUUUAAUGUAUAUAAUAAAUAUUUUUAUUUAUGAA